CCAAAAUCCCUCCCCAAAUUUUCCGGUAGCUAGCCUGCGCUCCGUUCAAUUUUAGUCUGUGUCAAUGGUGGAAAUCGCGCCAGAGCAAACCACCCACAACCUUUCGCAAAUAUGGGAUUCAACGUUUCUUUGAGCGUUACACUCAGAACGACGAUUGAGCGGAGAGACGUUUACUGUGGUCUGAUCGGUGUAGAACGACGUAGUGCGCGACCACUUACCGCUACGGGAAGAGGACGGCUCGGCGGUAAUGAGGAGCUUCCUUCUUGGACGAGAGGAAGAGGUGUAGGAGAUAGUCAAACAGUGAUGACGUGGAUGCAGAGGAAAGGCUUGAAGAAUGGGAGAAUGUGGACAAUUCGUGCAGGAGUUUGUGAGACUCUUUUGAGGAGGUCCGAUGACAGACGAGCAUCUGAUGAUCAAAUUUCUCAGCCACUCAGUUGGAAAUAUAAAGCAAUUGACACCAAGUUAGGACAUGGAAAUGAUACUGGCUGCAUUUUAGGCCCUGCCAAUGAAGAUCCAAUAAGUCACUCUCCAUUAUUUGGAAUAGCUAAGCUAGCCAAUAUAUAUAUUGGUUUGGCAUUUUAUAUGGAAUGCUGUAUUUGCGUAGCCAAGUACAGAGAAAAGGACGAAGUGAGACAGUUGCCCCGUUCCCAUAUGUUUCAUCUCUAG